UCAGGAGGUCUGGGUCAGCUGGGAGUAGGGCUCGCCAAACUGCUCAGGAAGCAGUUUGGAAAAUAUAAUGUAAUUCUGUCUGAUAUCAGGAAACCGCCAGCUCAUGUUUACCAAAGCGGUCCCUUUAUAUUUUCUGACAUUUUGGACUACAAGAACUUGUGUGAGAUUGUUGUAAACAACCGCAUCUCCUGGUUGAUACACUACAGCGCCCUACUGAGUGCAGUCGGAGAGGCCAAUGUGUCCCUCGCUCGUGACGUCAACAUCACUGGGUUGCACAAUGUUCUUGAUGUCGCAACAGAACAUGGGCUCCGUCUCUUCAUCCCCAGCACUAUUGGAGCCUUUGGCCCCAUGUCCCCUCGUAACCCAAACCCGGAUCUGUGCAUCCAGCGCCCACGAACCAUUUACGAAGUGUCCAAGGUUCACGCUGAGCUAAUGGGAGAGUAUUACCAUCACAGGUAUGGUCUUGACUUCCGCUGUCUCAGAUACCCAGGAAUCAUUUCUGCAGACUCUCAACCCGGUGGAGGAACUACAGCUGACAGCUGGCCAAUGGUCUUUGAUGACAGCAAUGCCCGCAGUGACUGGGGCUGGAAACACAACUAUGGUUUGCCAGAGCUGAUUCAGACGAUGCUCAACUUCACUGGCUCAAACUUCAGAAUGCUUCGAGCCAACUGA